CCAGCCAGUGUUUGGCAGAGAUAAGACCCCCCUCAACAUCCUCUCUUUAUUCCGGGCUUUUUGUUUGCUUUUGUCCUGACACAAAACAAAAACUCCUCCGGGGACUGCAGCGGCGAGGCAAGAGUAAGAGGGAGAGCGGUGAUGACAGAGGAGAGGUGUGCCAAAGUGGAGCAGUAUGUUGGUGAAAUUAAAGGUGGCCUGAGACCAACCAUGAAACUCACAGUCAUAGGCGUGGUACACUCCAAACCCAAGAGCUUUUCAGUGACUCUGCUCUGUGAUCCAGUGGAUGCCAACAAAGAUGUUGGGCUGUUAUUUACAGUUAACUUCAGUGAGAAAUCCAUCACCCGAAAUGCACGAAUUGCUGGGAAAUGGGGAAGAGAAGAGAAGACUAUUCCCUACUUUCCAUUUACAGCAGGUGACACGUUCAAGAUGGAGCUCUUAUGUGAACACCAGCAAAUACGAGUCUUAGUUGAUGGACGGCAGCUCUGUGAUUUCACUCACCGCAUUCAGCCUCUGAACUUGGUGAAAGCUUUGCGCAUCUCGGGGGACAUCAAGCUUACCAAAGUGGCUUGAAAAAAAGAGACCAGGAUGUCACCAGAGGACAGAGGAAAAUGAAGCUUUUCCAGAACUGAAAGGUUUUGACAGCUGUGGAUUUCACAGUCUUCUCUGGACCAGCUCUAGGAAACGAUAUCUGCAGCUGAAACUGCACUGCCCAUUCUUGUUCUUGCAUGUAAUUAAAACUGCACCUUUGCUGGCAAAUUUCUUUGUGAGCUCUCUUAAAUAUUUGAACGCAUGUAAGUAUUAUGCUGUUAUUUCAUUGCUGGAGCUUUUGAGGGAAAUCCUAAAUACAUGGCUAUUCUAAUGAAUAAACAAGCAUGUAUCAUA